GCCAUUCAUUGCAGAGAGGCGGUACUGGGGGAGAGAGUGACAGGGGCAGUCCCUCCCCUGUGCACCAGGGAGAGAAGGAAGGGGGAAGAGAAGAGAGAGGAGGAGAGAAACAGGAAAGGCGGGGUAAGGGGGUGGAGGAGAGAGGGGAAAGGCAGCAGCACGACAGACACCCUGCAGCUGGAAGCAGCAGCCUGCGGCAGCUGGAACCUCCCCGCUCGCCUCCCCCCAGCUACAGCAGCGGCAGGGGAGAAGCCAGAGAAGUUUCCGAGCAAAUCUGAUUGGUUCGGGGGGAGCUGGACCACGGCCCCCCACUUGUGCUCCCUGGCAGUGCGAUUGACCGGGAGCCCGGGGAGCUGCCUGCCGCGUGGGGUGCGCAGGAGAGGAGGUGGCAGGAGGAGCAGCGAUGAAGCCCUGCGAAGAGGAGGGGCUGGGGGCUGCGGCCGGAGGGGACCCCUGGAAGGAGUGUAUGGAGGCGGCGGUGCAGCUGGCGCGGCGGGCUGGGCAGAUUAUUAAGAAAGCUCUUACAGAGGAAAAACAAGUGUCUACAAAAACAUCUGCAGCAGAUCUUGUGACAGAAACUGAUAAUUUUGUGGAAAAUGUGAUUAUUUCUGCUCUGAAAGAGAAGUUUCCUUCCCACAGGUUUAUUGGAGAAGAGUCCACUGCUGCUGGUUCAAAAUGUGUCCUCACUGACAAUCCUACCUGGAUUAUUGAUCCCAUUGAUGGAACCUGCAAUUUUGUGCACAGGUUUCCAACAGUGGCAGUUAGCAUUGGAUUUGCUGUUAACCAAGAGCUUGAAUUUGGUGUAAUUUACCACUGCACUGAAGAACGAUUAUACACUGGUAGAAGAGGUCAAGGGGCAUUUUGUAAUGAAAAAAGGCUUCAGGUAUCAAAAGAGACAGAUAAGUCGAAGGCCUUGAUCUUAACAGAAAUUGGUCCAAAACGUGACCCUGAGACUUUGAAAUUGUUCCUCGGUAACAUGGAGAGCUUACUCAAAGCCCAAGUACAUGGGAUCCGUGUAAUCGGAAGUUCUACCUUGGCUCUGUGCCAUCUAGCAUCGGGUGCUGCAGAUGCAUAUUACCAGUUUGGUUUACAUUGCUGGGACUUGGCAGCAGCUACUGUCAUUAUUAGAGAGGCAGGUGGUAUUGUGAUAGAUACUUCAGGGGGACCUCUAGAUCUCAUGUCAUGCCGAGUGAUUGCUGCCGGCACUAAAGAGAUGGCCAUGUUCUUAGCUCAGGAAAUACAGACUAUUCACUACAGACGGGAUGAUGAGAACUGAGUGACAUUAAAUACAUUUACAAGUAACAUGGAGUUUGUCCUUCUAAGCUACUUAACUUCUUCCAAGAUGGGUGUCUUAGUGGGUACAUGAUUUUAACAACAUGCUUUCUGUGCAGGUCUUCUGUGUCAAAUGUUUUAAACAAUGUUAUUACAAUGUGGCUUCCCAACAUUGUGGGGUGGGGGGAGGGAAAUUUUUAAAACCUCUAAGAUUUGUGGCUUCUUUUAAUAUGCAUCUAUUUCAGCAGCACCUUUUUUAUAUGAUCACCUGUAGCGCUUGUUGCCAGAUUCAAAGUUUCACAUCUGUUCAGGCUGAAACUGAGUCUUUUGUAACAUAUGCAACUAAAAAGAAAACUUUAUUUUUACAAAACACAGAUCUCAGGUAAAUGAGCUUUAGGAUUGUAGUAGAUGAUAAGUAGUUAAAAUGUGUGCCUACCGUACCCAUAUUCAACAGUACUUGAGAAUGCAAUAAAAAGUGUUAUUACUCCAUUUCUCUUUUCUAACUAUAUCAUGGCCAUAUAUAUGUAUAUUUUGGAUGUUUACAGUGAUUUACAAAGUGUACAGAAGAAGGUGAUUUUAGGUAUUUGUUUCAAGGAAGUGUAUAUAUUACCUUUAUGAAUGCAGUGGGAGUUACCUAUAUAGUUAAUAACAGAGCUGCUAAAAAAAAUGGAAAAUAUUUCAUGAUUUUUUUUUCAAAUUGUCCAACCAACUCUAGCUUAUAGAGAAUGUUAACCAAUUGGGGCCAAAUCUUACAGUCCUUAUUGAACCCUUACUGGGCGCUCAAACCUGCAAGCAUUUACUACCAUGGAGUAGCUGUGACUAGUGGGCAGAGUGCUUACUACCAUGAGUACUGAUGUCUAUGGGGACUAUUCACAAUCGUAAAUACUAUACAUGGUAGUUAAUUCUGGAAAAUAGGGCCCUAUGUCAAGGAACUAUUGACUUCAAUGGAAGUUUCACCCAAGAAGAAACUGCAGAAUUUGGUCUUUAGAGGUAAAUUGUAAAAAUGGGCACCUUAGUUGUGCUUGCAAAAGGAUAAUUGUAAACAUAAAGUAUUCAUUUUGCACGUACAAUUGUAGUCACCUUCAGAAUAUAUGGAAACCCUGUAAAGUAAAUGACUAAUUCUAACAACACAAAAAUUCUGUGCAACUCUAGUUUUGUGUUUGGCACUUUUUUUAAAAUCAAGUUGAUACUAUCUGUUUUUUUAAAAGAAAUCAUAUCAUCUGACACUACUGAACUUCUUAAAUGUUAGUGUCCAGAAAAGAAUCUGAUUUUAAACAUGGGGAUUUACCUCUAGUUUUUCUAUUGAUGUUGAGAAUUCAAAUCUACAAUUAUUUUUUAAUAAUACAAAGAAACAAAAAGGCCCCCAAAAUACAUAUAGGUCUAAAUUUUCAAAAUCAGUUCCUAAAUUGCACAUGCAGACUGUGUAAAUGUGCAUGUAAACUGCAAUGAGAAACUGGAAAUUGAGUAUACAGUUAUCCAUUUUGCAUGCACAACUAAAGAACACAUUGUUAAAAACAUUAGCCGUUGUACAUGCCUCUUAAUUUUCUUCUGUGAAAAAUGUUUUUCAUUACAAGUAUAACUCGUAUACUGUAUUUUUUAAAAGGAGAAAUGCAAAAUGCUGGCUGUGGAGAGAAUGGCUAAAAUAUAGGGCCCUGAUUUAGCAAAGCAUUUAAGCACAUGCUUAAGUCUCAUUGGCCCUGAUUCUCCUCUCCAUCAAAGCACACCUCAGAGGCAGAGGACAAUGACAGAUGCAGGAAGCUGGCUGAAAUUCCCUGAUCUCUGGCCACUUAGCCAGGGCAGAAGACAGAGUAGGCCCCCUGCUGCUCUAAGCUUCUGCCACUUAUUGAUGUAAGUUCUGUAAAUAGAUCUUAUACCUGCAGAGAAUCAGGUGUAGUGGCGUUCAGCUCCACCAUUCCCCCUCUCAGUCCACCAGCCUAUCCCUUCUUUUCCUUAUGCCAGAGAGAGAGCUGAUUUAGGAGGUGUCUAUACCACCUCUACCAGCUUUACAUCAGUAGAGAUUCCUUGUACUCAGGAAGACUCUCUGGCAGGUUUAAAUUCACUCUGCACCACUUACAUGGUGCACUUAAUGGAUGAAAGAAUCCUGCCCACUGAUUUUCAUGGCAUUUGAGCACACUUAAAUGCUUUGCUGAACUGGGGCCUCAGUGAGGUGGGGAGGGGAAUGUCCAGAAAUCCAGUCUCGGAUUCACCUGUUACUGUCAUGGAUAAAACAUUAUUUUUUAAAAAUAAAUAGAGGGCUUCUGAGAGUUGAUGAGCACCUCAGAUUCCUACUGAUGUUAGUGGAGUUACAGCUGAUCAGUAGCUUCAGAAGGCCCAGAGUUUGCAGUGCCAUUGGCCACGGUGAUUCCCACAUUUUAUUUAGAAUUAUUAAUUAGCUGACAGUUCUUAGAGGUAAAUCCUGUAUUAGAUUUUGACCUUCCCGUCCAUCUUUCCUUGCUAGCUAAAGCUCUCUUUUUUAGGCAUAUUCCUUACUGUAUACUUUCCAUUCUAAGGUUUAAAUCAGGGGUUCUCAAACUGGGGGGUGGGACCCCACAGGGGGUUGCGAGGUAAUUACAUGGGGGGUCAAGAGCUGUGAGCCUCCAACCCAAACCCUGCUUUGCCUCCAGCAUUUAUAAUGGUGUGAAAUAUAUAUAAAAGUGUUUUUAAUUUAUAAGGGGGGGGUCGCACUCAGGGGCUUGCUAUGUGAAAGGGGUCACCAGUGCAAAAGUUUGAGAACCACUGGUUUAAAUUAAUACUGUGUGUAUAAUAUGGGAGCCAAAUCUUUACAUUUUUAAUUAGGGUUCUUUUUUUCUUAAAUAAGAUAAGGUUGGUAACUACUCUUUAAUCAGCAGUUAUAAAAUUAAUAUUUUUAACACAGUAAGUUGUGAAAGGCUACAAUCCAUUUCACAUGCUUUGGGUUGUUUUUAAAAAACGUUUCAGGCUUUAGAUUAUUUUGGAGGCCAGUUUCUGAAAGCAGAGGCAGUAUUUAAAUAUGAACAAAGAUUAGAAGUUAUAAAUGUUGAGAACAAGUUUUUCCUAUCCUGAAUGUCAUAACCUGUGCUGGCAUUUUUUCCAUGUUAGUAUCCUAGUGAAUGUUGGUGGAGAUUGCAGAAGAGAGUAAGGAGAAGCCACGGGCAUCUCUGAUACACCAAAGGAUACUUUUUGUGGCCUCAUACUCUUGUGUCCCUAGUGUAUUCAGGAUGAAAAAUAGUUUGUUUUACAAACACAUAAUCUAAUCAUCUUAAUUACAGGACAGUAAUUUGUAAAUUUACUUUAAAAUGUACUUUUAGGGGUUGAAGAUGCUUGUUUCAUUUCCACCCAGAAAAUUAUAUAAAUGUAUUCAGCUUUUUUUCGAGUUGUCAGAAUGUGGCAGCAGUUGGAUCUAUGCAGGCAGAUCCUGCAUCUUUGCAGAGCCUUAUUGAAAUCAUCGGUUUGCCUGCAUGAAUCAGGCCUAAGUGUUUAUCCAGCUGUUGAAAAUUUUUUCAAAAAUGCUUGUUUUGUGCUUGGAUAACUCAAAAAAAAAGUUUUAAAUCUCUAGUCUUUAUAGAAUUUAAUCUGAAAGGGAAACUAGUGCCUUUGCUAUAUAGAAAUAAUUUGGUUUUGAAAAAACAAAAUUAUGGGCAUUUUAAAACAGCAUAUGGCAUGUGCAUAGCACACUCAGUUCUAUCUGUAGAAACAUAAAGGAAGCUAGCACAUGUCAAACGUCUGCAAUUAUGAAUAUCUUAGACCACGCGUGUGUAACUGGAUGACCAAAAUGGGUGAAGAUAUCUUUAUUUACACUGCAAGUGUGUACAUGCUCUGAAUAGAUAGUAUCUUUUAUUCAAGAGACUGCUGCUCAGCAUCCUAUUCCUUGACUUUUCAGUCUGUCACCUGCACAAUGGUUUAGAACAUUUUAAAUCUACUGUUUUGGUAUAAUAAUCUGAAAUAAUAAUGUAGAACUCAUGUAUGAGUGCAUUCUGGUAUGAACAAACAAACUAUGGGAGUAACAGUAAACUCCAGAUAAAGUAAAGUCUUCCAUUACAUGAUCACACAGCAUAGGGAAAUGUGAUACACUGUUCACCAAAUACUAAGUAACAUAGAAAGGAACUCCAUCUUUGUCUAUAACAUGUAGCACAUAUAACAAUAGCACUAUGUAUUUCUGUCAUGUGGCAUACUUCAGUGCAUGCCCUAAUGUACAGCUUUUACACAUCCCCGGGUUUUGGUCUGUAACAAGUUACAAACACCACAGUUUGCAUGCACCAGUAAUGUCAAGACUCUAAUACACUACACCCUAUUGAAUUGGUUACAUAUUUUAAAUUGUCUAUUGCCGUUGUUCUUAUAAGGAGGUGGGGCAGAAAAGCAAAUAAAUGCUCAAGUUUUCAAUAAUAUAUCCCUUAAAAUCAUCCCAUCCCAGUCCACUGCAGUCAAGAAAUUGCACCUGUUUACAACAGAGCAUUUAGCCCUAGAAAUACUACCGAGGUAAAACAUUCAUGGUGCUACAUAGGGAGUGUCUCUUAUUGCUCAACAAUGACUUCAGAUUUAGAGUGUGCAGUGCCCAGUUGACUGUCCACUUCUUAGGAGAGGCCACUGACAGUUGAUAAGAUCAAGAUCAUCAUUAACAGAAACAUAUAUCAGCAGCAGUUACAAAAAUAUUGUUCACUUAUUUUCCUACACUCUGUCAGUGUUGUAUAUAUGGGGUAAUAUAAACCCAGUUAGUAACUCUCUGUUUGAAAUUAUUUUUAAAUGUUUUUGUAACAAUCUAUUUUUCAAUGAGAAAAGGAUUAUAAUCUGCAUUAAACAUAUGGUAGACAGAAA